UGUAUAGAAAGCUGUUAAAACUGGUUUCUUCUAGUGCUGACACAGGGGACAAGAUGGAAGAGGACUUAUAUCCAGAUAUAGUUGACAGUUGUCAAUUUACUUUAAGCAAAGACAUCAAAUGUGACAAAGUGACCCUGAAAUCAAUCGAUUCCCUAGGGUUUAAGAUAGUUGAUGUUGAACCAGUUGUCAUUGAAUGUUCACAAUUUCCAUCUAGAACAAAAUUUUCCAAGCUAGCUGAUGCUAUUAGGAAAAACAUCAACACCCAUCAAACAAAUGUUGGUGAAGGAAGCAACAGUUCAAAUGAUACAUCAAUUACAAGGGAUGUAGCUUCAGGUCAAUGUAAUUUAAAUCAGAAAACUAUUCAAGACAAAUUAGAGUUGUGUUUCCGUAAUCACAACAAUGAACAAGGAAAGAACUCAAAAAUAGAGAUAGAACUUAAAAAUGAAGAUCAUUCAAGUUUGGAGUCCAAGAAUUUGGCAGCAAUGCCAGAAACUCAUUUAUCAGACAUUAAAAAAGAAAAGAAAAUAAAUCAACUAAAGCCUGGCCAUAAGUUUUUUGUUGGAAGUUCAGGGGUUAAAGUCCAGGUAUACCAGGCUGAUAUCACAAAACUUAACGUCGACUGUAUAGUCAACACGUCUAACCCACUACUAAAACAUGAGAUUGGUGUCUCCAAAGCCAUAGCUAAAGCAGCUGGCCCAGCUUUGGUUCAAGAAUGCAAUCAAUUUAUCAAAGAUGGGAACACCAUUGUUGUUACAGAGAUCUUUGUGUCUGGUGCAGGGAGUCUGGGUGUGAAGAAAGUCAUACACACAGUUGGCCCGAGCUGGGAAGAUUACAAAGAUUCUAAAAAGCAAGACUGUGCUGACGAUUUAAGGAGAACAGUUCUAAGAUGUCUUGUACAAGCUGCAGCUAUGGGAAUGGCAUCAAUAGCACUACCUUCUAUUAGCUCUGCGACAUAUAAAGUCCCACCGGAGAUUUGUGCCACAAGCUAUUUAAAAGCUGUGGUAAGCUUUGACUUAAUUGCCAAGAAAUUGAAUUUGCCUUCUCUGAAAGAUAUUCAUUUUGUUGAUAUAAAUAACAAAAUGGUAACCACAGUAGCCGACUGCUUCUUAAAAUACUGGGAUAAAGAACAAAGCGCACCAGUAUUUGAUAAAGAUUUAACUUUUGCUAUAAAGCAUUUCAGAAAAACAGCAGUUGGACAAGGGCUAAACAAAGAUUAUCAGAUUGGGGAAGUUAAACUUACUGUCAGCACUAGACAUGCCAUGGAUUUGAACCCAGACCUAGUGAUCACAUUGGGAGAGCCACAUGACAAGCUACGCGGGGAGCUGAAUCCUGAAUUAAAGAAAAACAAACUCAACCAAGAGGUGAAAAAAAGUAAAAUUGGUAUUUUCGAAUGUAAGGAUAAUUCUUCCUGCUUUGUGUGCCAGAUAGGAAAUACUUGUGUCAAGGAAGAAAAACUUACAGCAGCUUUCAAAAAUUUAAACUCAGCCAUUCCCUGCACUCGAAAUCUGGUCCAGACUUUGGUGGUUACAAGCAAAUUUCUCUACCAAGAAAAGAAACCAGAUUCUAGACUUGUAAUCGUGUUUUCCCACUACAUACAUGACUAUGUGAAAAAUGUGGAGAUGAAAUCUCCAUUGAAACAUGUAAUAAUCACCUCGUGUACUGAAGUAUUUCCUGUCAUCAUAGAAGUGAUUGAUUCAUUACAAGAAAACAGUAAACCAAAGGCUUCUAAGGCAACUAGUGAUCUGCAUGGAGCUAGUGGUGCAUCAGCAGCCAUCUCUCCAGCUCUUCACUGCACAGAUUAGCAAAAGACAAGUCAACAAGCUUCUGUGGUUACAGGUUACCAUGGUAACCAGCCAGAUGGAGAAAUGAUUGUGACAUACAGGCCUGAGCUUCCAGUGCCUGGCACCUUAGACUCUGGCAUCUACCUGAUUGAGUACAUCAUCCCCAAUGGUGUUCAAAAUAUUUCCCACCCCGCACCUGGAAAACCUUAUGUUGGGUGCCAGUUUCAGGCCUUUGUUCCAGCAACUGAAGAGGGAUCAAAUGUUUUAAAACUGCUGAGAGUGGCAUUUCUUCGCCGCUUGACUUUUACUAUUGAUAAAGAUCAAAAAACCUCAUGGAAUGGCAUUUACCUUUUGCUCCAUAACAUAAACCAACACAUAGUGCCAAAUUACUUGAAGAAGGUCACGGCUGAGCUGAAUGCCAAAGGUGUUACCAUGGAUAACUUGACACAGGAGGAGCUGGAUGAUUGGGAAAAGCUAAGACAACAACUGAUUAAACAAUAAAGUAGCUAAUAAUUAGGGAUUUGGAAGCUACUAAUUUAUAACAAAGUAGCUCAUAAUUAGGGAUUUGGAAGCUACUUAUUUAUUUAUUUUGAAAAUUAUUCAAGAUUGAAUCCUUCACAUUAAGAUAGAGAUGUAUAAACCACUGUAAAUUAACAAAAGUUGUAUUUUAUACACACCAUUGUUUUUAAUUUACAUAAAAUUUUAGUUGUUUUAAAUCUAAACAUUGUAGUUUACUAAAGAAAUGAUAGACUUCACUAAUAUUUGAAUUGUUUUUUUUUAU